AUGUCUUCAACAUACAAGUAUAAAAACAUUUUAACAAAUAAUGUGUUUUAUUUGAACGCUGGCCUGAUGGUGGAUGGCUUGAGAGAUCCCGAACCUUUUCGUGGUCAUUGCGCGCACACAAAUGAAGGGGUGACUGGCCAGAAUUGGAUACAGGUGGACAUAGGCGGAGAAUACAACAUUGAUUACAUUGCUCUUUUUAGUAGAGAUUAUAAAAAGAGACAUGUUAUGCUACGUCUGUCAAACUUCAUCAUCGGUCUGAUGUUAUCAAGCGCCACAGUUGAACCACCAAUCAGAGGACAGUAUCCUCUGUGUGCUACCUACCCUGGAGAUGUUCCAGCUGCUUCCAGGGUCAUCCUCAAAUGCAACGCCAACCUGCCUGCCUUCCGUUACAUCAUCGCUCAACAAGCCGCUGGUGCCAGCGAUGGAUAUUUUUCCGUUUGCGAGUUGGAAGCCUAUGAAGCAUUGCUGGCUACAGGUGAUCAACCUUGGAAAUAUUUAGUUGAUGAUAAAUUGAAAAAUAAAUUAAAAAAACUGAAAAUUUUAGAAAAAGUCUGGACUUCUAAGAACAAUCAACAAUUGCUGAAUUACAUUUUCAUGGAGUUUGAAGCCGACAGACCUUCAUUAUGUUUAGGCCAGUGCAUGAAAGUUGGAGCGUACAACUGUGACUCGUUCAAUUUCAACUACCUGCAAAGAAUAUGCCAGCUGAACCAGCACAGGAAUGGAUUUCUUAUUGGGAAUUUAGUUGCCAAAUUGGGUUGGUCAUUCUGGAAUGCUACAUACGCUCACCUCGGAAGUUUUUGA